CCCGCCUGCGUUCCUCGCAAACUUUAGCUGCGAAACGCAACAUCCUUCGCCCUAGCAACGCUUCCUUUUCUCAUUUUCGAAGCCCCCCGCUUUCCUUCAUCCUGAACUCUGGACAGAGUAUCGCAACCAUGGAAGGCGCACCGGACAUCAACGUUGUCCUCACGAACUCGCUGAGUGCUGACGCGACUUUGCGAAACGCGGCCGAACAGCAACUUACCCAUGCCGCUGAGACGAACUUUUCUCAAUACCUUUUAACACUCGUCCAAGCGUUGGCAGAUGAGAACGGCGCGGGUCCGAUUAGAGCGGCCGCCGGUAUCGCUCUAAAGAACGCCUUUAGCGCACGCGAAUUUGCCAGGCAAGCCGCAUUACAAGCGAAAUGGCUCAACCAGACCGACCCAGACAUCAAGACGCGCGUCAAGCAGCUGGCGCUGCAAACACUUUCCUCUCCGAAUGCCCAGGCGGGUCAGACAACGGCCCAGGUCGUGGCUGCCAUCGCUGCUAUCGAACUACCGCGGAAUCAGUGGCCGGAUCUCAUGCACGUGCUCGUGCGGAACGUCAGCGAGGGCAGCGAACACCAAAAGCAGGCGUCCCUGACCACGAUCGGUUUCAUCUGCGAGAGUCAGGAUACAGAAUUGAGGGCUGCUCUUGUCGGCCAUUCCAAUGCCAUCUUGACAGCUGUAGUGCAAGGCGCGCGCAAAGAUGAGCCCAACAACGAGGUUCGUCUCGCCGCCAUCACCGCCCUCGGCGACUCUCUAGAGUUUGUUGGCAACAACUUCAAGCAUGAAGGCGAGCGGAACUACAUCAUGCAGGUCGUCUGCGAGGCCACCCAGGCCGAGGACUCUCGGAUACAGCAGGGCGCGUUUGGCUGCCUGAACCGCAUCAUGGCUCUCUACUACGAGAACAUGAGGUUCUACAUGGAGAAGGCUCUUUUUGGUCUUACCAUCUUGGGCAUGAAGAGCCAGGAUGAGGACGUUGCCAAGCUUGCUGUGGAGUUCUGGAGCACUGUGUGUGAGGAGGAAAUCGCCAUCGAAGACGACAAUGCCCAAGUGGAGAGUUCCGAGCAGAUGCGGCCGUUCUACAACUUUGCCCGCGUCGCGACAAGCGAGGUUGUCCCGGUCCUGCUCGGCCUCCUCACCAAGCAGGACGAGGAUGCGGCAGACGAUGAAUACAACAUUUCGCGUGCUGCGUAUCAGUGUCUGCAGCUGUACGCUCAGGCAGUCGGAUCGUCCAUUAUCCAGCCCGUCAUUUCAUUCGUCGAAGCAAACCUGCGGCACGAGGACUGGCACAACCGGGACGCGGCAGUCUCUGCUUUUGGCGCCAUUAUGGACGGUCCCGAUGAGAAGACGCUGGAACCUAUCGUGAAAUCCGGCCUGCAGCCCUUGAUUGCUAUGAUGGAGGAUCCUUCCGUUCAGGUCCGGGAUUCUGCCGCCUACGCUCUGGGCCGGAUCACCGAAACCUGCUCCGAAGUCAUUGACCCUUCUGAGCACCUGGAGCCUCUAAUUCGUUCACUCUUUAACGGUUUGAUGAACAACCCCAAGAUGGCGGCCUCGUGCUGCUGGGCGCUGAUGAACCUUGCCGAGCGGUUUGCCGGUGACAUGGGUGCUGCUCAAAACCCUCUCACACCGCAUUUCAACCAGAGUGUCACCAAUCUGCUGCAAGUGACGGGCACGAUGGACUGCGAGGCUGUUGUCCGGACUGCGGCGUAUGAAGUCCUGAACAUAUUCGUGCAAAGCGCUGCCAAUGACAGCCUCGGUGCCAUCGCCUCCCUCUCGACCGUCAUCCUCGAGCGUCUCGAGGGAACGAUUCCCCUUCAGCAGCAGGUUGUCAGCGUCGAGGACAAGAUAAUCCUGGAGGACAUGCAAACAAGUCUCUGCACCGUCCUGCAGGCCACCAUCUCGCGGCUGGAUAAAGAGAUUACUCCCCAAGGUGACAGGAUCAUGCAGGUCCUUCUGCAGAUUCUAAGCACCGUUGGCGGCAAGUCGAGCGUCCCGGAGGGGGUCUUCGCAGCUAUCAGCGCCCUUGCCAACGCGAUGGAAGAGGACUUCCUCAAGUACAUGGACGCCUUCUGUCCGUUCCUCUACAACGCUCUUGCUAAGCAGGACGAGCCGAGUCUCUGCUCGAUGGCUAUCGGCCUCGUCAGCGACAUCACCCGAUCCUUGGGCGAGCGUAGUCAGCCCUAUUGCGAUAAUUUCAUGAACUAUUUGUUGAGCAAUCUUAGGAGUACGGCCCUUGCCAACCAAUUCAAGCCAGCCAUCCUCCAAUGCUUCGGUGACAUUGCCGGCGCCAUUGGCGGUCACUUCGAGACCUACCUUGCCGUCGUGGCGCAGGUGUUGCAGCAAGCGGCCACUAUCACUGCUGGAGCCGAGGGCUCGUACGAGAUGUUUGAUUAUGUUGUUGCUUUGCGCGAGGGUAUCAUGGAUGCCUGGGGCGGCAUCAUCGGUGCCAUGAAGCUAAGUGACAAGACCGGCAUCCUCCAGCCCUACGUGCCAUCCAUCUUUGAGUUGCUCAACAGCAUUGCCAAUGAUACCAACCGCAGCGAGGGACUGAUGCGAUCGUCGAUGGGCGUUAUCGGUGAUCUCGCAGACGCAUAUCCCAACGGCGAGCUGGUUGAUGCCUUCCGUCAAGACUGGGUCACCGCCAUGAUCAAGGAGACGAGGUCGAACCGCGACUUCCAAGCUCGUACCAUUGAGACUGCUCGCUGGGCUCGCGAGCAGGUCAAGAGGCAAAUCGGCGGCACACAGACUGUCAUGCAGCAGACAUGAAAAGCAUGACGCCGGCUAGGAUGAGACUGCGGUUUCGGCAUCCGACGCCAACCUAGUCCCCCCGACAGCGAUGGACGCCGCCCCCAUCGCGUCGAUCUCCCACAGCAGGUGCUUCGGAAGAAGCAUACUGCUUGUCCCAUCAGUCCCCAGACACCCUUCCCCACACAGCGGCACACGCCAUCGACGGCAAGG